AUGGAUAGAACUUCCAUCUACGAGCCCUUGUCGGACGCUCGUCAAAUCAGAUUACUCCGGCUGUCUCCAGGCCGCUCCUUCACCGACCCCCUGGACUGCCGUCUCCAUGUGGAAGUCCUCGACCAGGGCGAAGGCGAUGAGAUUCUCCCCUACAUUGCCCUUUCAUACGUCUGGGGUGCGCAGAAGAUCAAAGUGUCCAAGUCGAAGCCACCGCCGCCGACGCCGCCGCAACAGCAGCAGCAUCAGCAGCAGCAGCAGCAGCACAUCAACUGUGAAGGGGUUUACAUACCCAUCACUUGGAAUCUUGACCUCGCUCUGCGGAGCCUUCGAGAGAACCGACUGGCAGAGGAGCACUACCUCUGGGUCGACUCCAUCUGCAUCAACCAGUCCGACCUGCGCGAGAGAUCGCUGCAGAUCUCUCUGAUAUCCGACAUCUACCGGCGGGCGCAGUACACCGUCAUCUGGCUGGGUCCUGGAGAGGCUCCUGAUGUGCCGCCCCUGCUGAAGUGGAAGCGCCCUCAGCUCCGUGCAGCCGCAGCCGCAGCAGCACCAGCGACAGCGACAGCGGUCUGCAGUGGUAGUGGUGGCAAGUCCUUCCAGCGCAAGGAGGUCUUUAGUUGGAAAGGCCUCGACUUUUCCAACAACCCCUUAUUUACAAGACUGUGGGUCUUUCAGGAACUCUUGUUCUCAAGCCGCAUUGUCGCCUUCCAGCGAAACACCGUUCUCGAGUGGGGCUCGCUGGGAGAGAUACUCCAGAUGACCGCCAUCAACAAGGCCCGUGAUGGAGCUUUCGACAGCGAUAUCAUGCGCGCUUCCAUGUUCCACAACCUGACGAGCAACAAGAAGUUCACAGACCUCCUACUUGCUGCCGACUCUGGCUCGUUUAUGGGACGCAUCGAGACCAACCGCAGCCUUGCCAAAGAGCUUAGUCUCGAGAUCAAGAAGAUUCUUGGCUUUUCCCAGAGCUUGAGAUGUUCCGACCCAAGAGAUCGGAUUUAUAUCCUUCUGGGAUUCUUGCGUCGUGUUGGCAUCGACCUGAAGCCGGAUUACUCCCUUUCGAGCACCGAGGUGUUUGCUCGAGCAUACAAUGCGACGCUGCGUUUCUCCGGCUAUUAUCGCGAUGAAAUACCGCGAGCGCCUUCCGAGUACGAUCCUGUCACAGACGACACGGAAUCACAAGACGACGAAUGCAAGCCUGAGGAGGUUCUGAAUUGGGCAUGCAGUGUCGGAGAGUCCCGCCCAGACAGCCCUGGGCUGUAUUCUCCGCUGGUGGACAAGAAACAUGCUUUAGUUCCCUUCGUCGCCGACUAUCGCGCGACCAUCAAGUCGAUCCUGGACAACAAGAACCAAAAGCUCAAACGCAGAGCAUGGAGAAUGCUCUGCAAUGAGUUAACGACCCUCUUUCAAGGAAGGGGCCCUCAUACAACCACCGGCGUGGGAGUAAGUGGCUGUGGCGUCAGUCUGAGCGGUUCAACACCCGUCGGCAGCGAGAUAGCCAAUAACCACAUAGAUCUAUCUCACGCGUCUAAGCUUUCCAAAAAGCGCACUAUCAAGGGCGAUGAUAGUGACGAUGAGGACAAAGAACACCACCCAAAGAAAAGUCGACGACCGAGCGAUCCGAUGGACAAUCACCGCCUGCUUGCUUGCCCCUAUUAUCAACGAGAUUCCAUGGGACCGGGCAUCAAGCAGGCCUGUCGCGGACCUGGAUUCAGAGACGUGUCUAGACUAAAGGAGCAUCUCUACCGGUCGCACUAUCAGCAUCGAUGCCAGAGGUGCGGAGAGGUCUGCGCCAAUGCCCGUGCCUUGGACCAGCACCAUCAGCAAGUCGUGUCCUGCGAGCUACGGCUCUGGCAGCAGGAGACCGACCCUUCUGAGGGAUUUGGCCGUGAGAAGCGGGACGAGAUUAAGCGGCGAUGCACGAGCUCGUGGGCUCAGAUAUACCGCAUCUUGUUCCCCUGCGAUUCGACUAUUGCCAUGCCAUCUCCAUACUAUGACUGCAACGUGACUUUUAUCAGCGUGAUCAGCCAGCUUGAACGCCAUUACGAGCGUGAAACAACACGCCUCCUCGCAGAAAGAUUGCAGCCUAUCCUCGGUACUCUGUCCGACCGACUCGGGACUGCCAUCUGGCAGGAAAUCACGCAAGCCGUCAACAUGGCUAGUGCCGCUGCUAUCCAGUCGUUCCAGCAGACACUUCCCGGUGCGGUAGCUUCCCCUGCUGCCACAGUCGAGUCGAGGCCGACCGCCGUCAAUGAAGCGGGUACUGGAGAUAUCGGGGCGCCGGGGCUUAUGCCAGACGAGAUGCAGAGCUUCCAGGCCGAGAUCGGAUCGAUGCUCCUUGAGUAUGUGGAGGACGCCUCCAUUGCCUCAGCUCAAAGGGACUCUGGCCUGCCCUGGCGCGAGAUGAUGAAUGGCCAUGAAGGCAUGGUCAGCCCGUCCGGCAUGUUUGAUUGGGGAGCUAUUCCCAUGCCUGAGGACGUGGGCGCCGUAAGCUCGGAUAAUGAUGAUACUUUCGUUAUCCUGGGUAGACCGCGUCCUGGCGCCUCUGGCAGGGAGUCGUAG